CAAGCUCGCCAAAAGUGGCUGCUGCAACAAGCCAACAAUACCAUCAUCCAUCUUCAAGCACUGGCAAUGGUGGUUAACGGUGGCCCUCUGCACCUUCUUCGUCCUCGCUGGCCAAACUGUACCAAGGAGGCAGUAGUAUGUGGAUGGCCACUUUAGUCCAAUCUGCAGGCUGCCCUCUCCUCCUCAUCCCCUACCUCCUCUUUCCUCCGUCAUCAAACCCUAAUCCCCUCCCUCGCCCCCCUCUACCAAAGACCGCGUUGAUAUACAUCGGUUUAGGGCUCAUCAUUGCCGGUGACAACUUGAUGUACUCUUAUGGCCUCCUCUACCUCCCGCUCUCAACCUAUUCUUUAGUUUGCGCGUCGCAGCUCGCCUUCAAUGUAAUCUUCUCUUACUUCCUCAAUGCCCAAAAGCUCACAGCGCUGAUAUUCAACUCCGUCAUGCUUCUCACUCUCUCUGCAACCCUUCUUGGGGUCCGUUCCGAUUCUGAUGAUUCUAUCGGCGUAUCGAAAAGCAAGCAAGCCCUAGGGUUUGUGCUCACCCUAACAGCCUCAGCUGUCUUGUCGCUCCUCCUCUCCCUAACCCAAUGCGCAUUUCAAAAAGUUUUCAGGCGGCAGACGUUUUUUUUCGUGCUAGAGGUGCAACUGUGUACUAAUCUCGUCGCGGCCUGUGCAACAGUUGUUGGGCUAUUCGUUAGUGGAGAUUAUAGGGGAUUAAACGAGGAAAUGCUGGGGUUUGAGAAGGGAAGGGUCUCAUAUUUGAUGACCUUGGUUUGGAUCGCGAUAUCUUGGCAAGUAUGUUCCGUGGGGGCAGUCGGGCUGAUAUUUAUGGUGUCGUCGCUGUUUUCUAACGUGAUAGGCACGCUGGGGUUGCCACUUGUGCCGGUAUUUGCUGUGGUUUUCUUUGGGGAUAAGAUGGAUGGGGUGAAGAUUGUGGCUAUGUUGAUUGCAGUGUGGGGGUUUCUAUCUUACAUUUAUCAGCAUUACCUUGAUGAUUCUAGGCUGAAGAAGGAUAAUAGAAGAACAGGGGCAUUAUAGUGAGUGGUAUUCAAUAUGUUGUUGCUUACUUAAUUUAGACUCUUAUCUGGUGAGCGAUGGACGAGCCUCGACAUCAGUGGGAAAUUUACUCUCUUGGUGCGGGUCCGGGCGGGGCGUUCUGAUCCAUAGAGAUGCCAAGUAAGAGGAAAGGUUCGACAUUCCACUCUCAGAAAUUUCGACACGCACCGUCUCUGGUAUGCCUCAGAUCUACCGCACGUGGUGGGCCUCUGAUAGGAUUUCUACUCCUCUCUCUGUACCGUUGUACCACAUUUUGCCCCACGCAUCUAUCGUGCGCGCUAGGUUACAAGUCUUCAUAUAUGCUUUGAUAUCCAUCAACAGAAUUGAAUCACCAUUCUCCAAUCUGUUGAUGUUCGUAGGCUCAAAAGUUUUUUUUUUCAAAUUGAAAGUUUAAACCA